UAUUUUCAUUUGAAACAAAUCUUGACGGCUUCUUUCUUCUUCUCAAAAUCUUGAAGGCACACCUCAUUCAACAAACUAAGCAAAUAAAAACCCUAAUGGAUUCCAAUACCUACAUGUUCACUUGACAAUUCACAAUCGUGUUUUCUGAAAGAAAAACAUCAAAGCGCACGAAGCACUCUCUGUCUCGCUGCUCUUUUAUCUUUUUAUAUCCAAUUCUCUUUCUUUUUGCAGGAAAAUUGGUUUCUCGGUUUGUAUUUGUCUUUGUUUUUUUUGGUUGAUUUGUUGGUAACUUGGUAUUUAUCAAAAUGGAUGCAGGGUCGUUAAAUUCUUCUUCAAAUUUGAAAGCACAAUCUAGAUUCUCGCUUCAAGAACAGCUCCUCCGAAGGAGUUCUAAAGAAAACUUGGAUAGAUUUAUUCCGAAUCGGUCAGCAAUGGAUUGGGACUAUGCCCAUUACAUGCUAACUGAGGGUAAGCAAGCAAAAGAGAACCCAGCAGUGAUCUCGCCAUCAAGAGAGGCCUACAGGAAGCGACUAGCAGAAGCUUUGCACCUGAACCGGACACGAAUACUAGCUUUUAAGGACAAGCCUCCUGCUCCUAUUGAAUUGAUCCCGCAGGAGAAUACUUCCCCAUCUCACCUCCAGGCUAAACCCACUAAGCCCCGCAGACACAUUCCACAGACUUCUGAGAGGACAUUGGAUGCCCCUGACCUUGUUGAUGAUUUCUACCUGAACUUGCUGGAUUGGGGCAGCAGCAAUGUUCUAGCUGUAGCUCUUGGAAACACAGUUUAUCUGUGGGAUGCUUCUGAUAGUUCUACCUCCGAACUUGUGACAAUUGAUAAUGAAAUUGGUCCUGUUACCAGUGUGAAUUGGGCUCCUGAUGGUCACCACAUUGCCAUUGGCUUGAACAAUUCUGAGGUCCAGUUAUGGGAUUCUGCUGCUAAUCGACAGCUAAGAACAUUGAGAGGUGGCCACAUAUCACGAGUUGGGUCGCUGGCAUGGAACAACCAUAUCCUUACUACUGGAGGAAUGGAUGGCCAAAUAAUUAAUAAUGAUGUGAGAAUUAGAUUACACAUUGUGGAGACUUAUAGAGGACACCAACAAGAGGUUUGUGGGCUUAAAUGGUCAGCUUCUGGCCAACAAUUGGCAAGUGGGGGCAAUGAUAACCUCGUUCACAUAUGGGAUAGGUCUGUGACAUCAUCAAAUGCAGCUUCACAAUGGCUUCAUAGGCUUGAGGACCAUACUUCUGCAGUGAAAGCUCUCGCCUGGUGUCCAUUCCAAGGAAAUCUGCUGGCCACUGGAGGAGGUGGUGGUGAUAGGUGCAUAAAGUUUUGGAAUACACACACCGGUGCCUGCUUGAACUCAGUAGACACUGGCUCUCAAGUCUGUUCUCUAUUGUGGAGCAAGAUUGAGAGGGAGCUGCUUAGCGCUCAUGGAUUUAACCAGAAUCAGCUCACUCUUUGGAAAUAUCCAUCAAUGGUGAAAAUGGCAGAACUCACUGGCCACACAUCUAGAAUACUUUUCAUGGCUCAGAGUCCAGAUGGUUGCUCUGUGGCAACGGCAGCUGGCGAUGAAACACUUAAAUUCUGGAAUGUUUUUGGGAUUCCAGAAGUGGCUAAACCUACUCCAAAAGCAAAUCCUGAGCCAUUUUCCCACCUGGCUCGCAUCCGAUGAUGAGGAUCAUGAGGAUAGAAGCUGGAUUCAUCGGAGUCUUGCGUCUCAAUACACCCUUGUUUUGUGUCUAGUGAUUCAGACAAGAACCAAACAAUGCACAGUCAGUUUCUUUUAGAGUAAAAUAAUUGCCGAGGCUAAAAUAGAAGUUUAAUAUCUUGCCUGUGUCUUCCAUUUCAACAAUUCGGUCUCAGGACAAGGCAGAAAGGUCUCAAAUCUCACCAUGUAGACGGGAUUGUAACAUGUAAAGUAACAUUGAAGAACCCUCGAACUUCAAUUUGGGUUUUGGGCAAGAGUGUAUGUACCAAGAAUACCUUGGUCUUUUGAUUUUUUUUCCCCCCUAAAAUGGAUCAUUCGCAGAAAGAAAAUGAAGCAGCACCAAGCCAAACAUGUUAAAUUAGGUUCUAUAAUUUAAUUUUGUUAUCAA